GUGACCCUUGGCAUGUUCCGGCCCUGUGAGGACGUGGAGUGCCGCUCGGAGCGCUGUCACAUCCUGGAGGCUUUCGAUGACUUCAUCUUUGCCUUCUUUGCUGUGGAAAUGGUCAUCAAGAUGGUGGCCUUGGGGCUGUUUGGGCAGAAGUGCUAUCUGGGCGACACCUGGAACAGGCUGGACUUCUUCAUAGUAAUGGCAGGCAUGAUGGAGUACUCACUGGAUGGACACAACGUGAGCCUCUCGGCCAUCCGCACAGUGCGCGUGCUGCGGCCCCUUCGUGCCAUCAACCGCGUACCUAGCAUGCGGAUCCUGGUCACCCUGCUGUUGGACACACUGCCUAUGCUGGGCAAUGUCCUGCUGCUCUGCUUCUUCGUCUUCUUCAUCUUUGGCAUCGUUGGUGUCCAGCUCUGGGCCGGCCUCCUGCGGAACCGCUGCUUCCUGGACAGCGCCUUCGUCAGGAACAACAACCUGACAUUCCUGCGGCCAUACUACCAGACAGAGGAGGGAGAGGAGAACCCCUUCAUCUGCUCCUCCCGCCGAGACAACGGUAUGCAGAAGUGCUCGCACAUCCCCAGCCGCCGCGAGCUGCGUGUGCAGUGCACACUGGGCUGGGAGGCAUACGGGCAGCCGCAGGCUGAGGGCACUGGUGCCAGCCGCAAUGCCUGCAUCAACUGGAACCAGUACUACAACGUGUGCCGCUCGGGGGACUUCAACCCCCACAAUGGUGCCAUCAACUUUGACAACAUUGGCUAUGCCUGGAUCGCCAUAUUUCAGGUGAUCACGCUGGAGGGCUGGGUGGACAUCAUGUACUAUGUCAUGGAUGCCCACUCAUUCUACAACUUCAUCUACUUCAUCCUGCUCAUCAUUGUGGGCUCCUUCUUCAUGAUCAACCUGUGCCUGGUGGUGAUUGCCACGCAGUUCUCGGAGACGAAGCAGCGGGAGAACCAGCUGAUGCGGGAGCAGCGUGCCCGCUACUUGUCCAAUGACAGCACGCUGGCCAGCUUCUCGGAGCCAGGCAGCUGCUAUGAGGAGCUGCUCAAGUACAUGGGCCAUGUCUUCCGCAAGGUGAAGCGCCGCAGCCUGCGCCUCUAUGCCCGCUGGCGGAGCCAGGGCUGCAAGAAGGUAGACCCCAGCAGUGCCCUGCAUGGCCGGGGCCCCGGGUCACGGCCGCACCGCGCUGGCAGGAACACUGCCUCGGUGCACCAUCUAGUCUACCACCACCAUCACCACCACCACCACCACUACCACUUCAGUCAUGGCGGUCCACGCAGGCCCAGCCCUGAGCCAGGCACUAGUGAGAACAGGCUGGUCCCUGCUGGGGUGCCACCCUCCUCUCCGCCCUCAGGACACGGGCCGCAGGACUCUGAGUCUGUGCACAGCAUCUACCAUGCUGACUGCCACGUGGAGGGGCCCCAGGAGAGGGCAAGGGCCGCACAGGCUGCAGCCACCGCAGCUGCCAGCCUCAAGCUGGCCUCAGGGCUGGGUGCCAUGAAUUACCCCACCAUUCUGCCCUCAGGGAUGGGCAGCGGCAAAGACAGCAUAGGUCCUGGGCCCAAGGGGAAGCAGCCUGCUGGAGUGCCCAGCACUGCAGGAUGCAGCCCACUGAGCCCCUACGAGAAAAUCCAGCAUGCAGUUGGGGAACAUGGACUGGGCCAGGCCCCCAGCCAUCUGUCAGGCCUGAGCGUGCCCUGCCCCCUGCCCAUCCCCCAGGCGGGCACACUGGCUUGCCAGCUGAAGAGCUGCCCAUACUGCACCAGUGCCCUGGAGGACCCUGAGCAGGAGCUGAGUGGCUCAGAGAGCGGGGACUCCGACACUCAUGGAGUCUAUGAGUUCACGCGGGACGUGCAGCACAGUGACCGGCGUGACCCCAUGCGGUCCCCAGAAGACUCGGUGGCCCCGGGCAGCCCCCAGCGGCCAGCUCAGCAGCAGGGGGCCUCAGGCCAGCCCAGGGGCCUGGGCCACAUGUGGGCUUCCUUCAGCGGCAAGCUGAGCCGCAUCGUGGACAGCAAGUACUUCAACCGUGGCAUCAUGGUGGCCAUCCUCAUCAACACGCUGAGCAUGGGUGUUGAAUACCAUGAGCAGCCCGAUGAGCUCACCAAUGCCCUGGAGAUCAGCAACAUCGUCUUCACUAGCAUGUUUGCCCUGGAGAUGCUGCUGAAGCUGCUGGCCUGUGGCCCGCUGGGCUAUAUUCGGAACCCCUACAACAUCUUCGAUGGCAUCAUUGUGGUCAUCAGCGUCUGGGAGAUUGUGGGGCAGGCAGAUGGUGGACUGUCGGUGCUGCGCACCUUCCGGCUGCUGCGCGUGCUGAAGCUGGUGCGCUUCCUGCCGGCCCUGCGGCGCCAGCUCGUGGUUCUCAUGAAGACCAUGGACAACGUGGCCACCUUCUGCAUGCUGCUCAUGCUCUUCAUCUUCAUCUUCAGCAUCCUGGGCAUGCACCUCUUUGGCUGCAAAUUCAGCCUGAAGACAGACACAGGAGACACCGUCCCUGACAGGAAGAACUUUGACUCCUUGCUGUGGGCCAUCGUCACUGUGUUCCAGAUCCUGACUCAGGAGGACUGGAAUGUGGUGCUCUACAACGGCAUGGCCUCUACCUCGUCCUGGGCUGCCCUCUACUUCGUGGCGCUCAUGACCUUCGGCAACUACGUGCUCUUCAACCUGCUGGUGGCCAUCCUGGUGGAGGGCUUCCAGGCAGAGGGUGACGCCACCAGAUCCGACACCGACGAGGACAAGACAUCCACCCACUUUGAGGAAGACUUUGACAAGUUUAGAGACCUGUGUGCCACAGAGAUGAAGAUGUACUCACUGGCAGUGACCCCCAAUGGGCACCUGGAGGGUCAAGGCAGCCUGCCCCCACCCCUCAUCAUGCACACGGCAGCCACACCCAUGCCCACCCCCAAGAGCUCCCCACACCUGGACACAGCCCACAGCCUCCUGGACUCCCGGCGUGGCAGCAGCAGCUCCAUAGACCCUCAGCUGGGGGACCAGAAGUCUCUGGCCAGCCACCGCAGCUCCCCCUGCACCCCUUGGGGCCCUGGCAGUGCCUGGAGCAGCCGGCGCUCGAGCUGGAACAGCCUGGGCCGUGCACCCAGCCUCAAGCGCCAUAACCAGAGUGGGGAGCGUGAGUCCCUGCUGUCGGGUGAGGGCAAAGGCAGCACAGAUGAUGAGACGGAGGACAGCAAGCCUGGAGCAGGGACCCGCCCAGACUCCUCAACAGGGCCCCGCACCACCCCCCUGCGUCGGGCUGAGUCCCUGGGCCACCGAAGCACACUGGACUCCCGGCCCCCGCGGCCAGCCGCCCUCCUGUCUGCCAAAAUUCAUGACUGCAAUGGGCAGAUGGUGGCCCUCCCCAGUGAGUUCUUCCUGAGCAUUGACAGCCACAAGGAGGAUGCGGUGGAGUUUGAUGACGACGUGGAGGAUAGCUGCUGCUUCCGCCUGCACAAGGUGCUGGAGCCCUAUACCCCCCAGUGGUGCCGUAGCCGUGAGACCUGGGCCCUGUACCUCUUCUCGCAGCAGAACAGGCUGCGAGUCUCCUGCCAGAAGGUCAUCGCACACAAGAUGUUUGACCACGUGGUCCUUGUCUUCAUCUUCCUCAACUGCAUCACCAUCGCCCUGGAGAGACCUGAUAUUGACCCCAGCAGCACCGAACGGGCCUUCCUCAGUGUCUCCAACUACAUCUUCACAGCCAUCUUUGUGACAGAGAUGAUGGUGAAGGUGGUGGCCCUGGGCCUGCUAUGGGGUGAGCACGCCUACCUGCAAAGCAGCUGGAAUGUGCUAGAUGGGCUGCUGGUCCUGGUGUCCCUGGUAGACAUCAUUGUGGCCAUGGCCUCUGCGGGUGGCGCGAAGAUCCUGGGCAUCCUGCGGGUGCUGCGCCUGCUUCGGACACUGCGGCCUCUGAGGGUCAUCAGCAGGGCUCCAGGCCUCAAGUUGGUGGUGGAAACGCUGAUCUCAUCGCUCAGGCCCAUCGGCAACAUUGUGCUUAUUUGCUGCGCUUUCUUCAUCAUCUUUGGUAUCCUGGGGGUGCAGCUCUUCAAGGGCAAGUUCUACUAUUGUGAGGGUGCAGACACCAGAAACAUCUCCACCAAGGCCGAGUGCAGGGCGGCCCACUACCGCUGGGUGCGGCGCAAGUACAACUUUGACAACCUGGGACAGGCACUGAUGUCUCUGUUCGUGCUGUCCUCCAAGGAUGGCUGGGUGAACAUCAUGUACGAUGGGCUGGAUGCCGUGGGCGUCGACCAGCAGCCUGUACAGAACCACAACCCCUGGAUGCUGCUGUAUUUCAUCUCCUUCCUGCUCAUCGUCAGCUUCUUUGUGCUCAACAUGUUCGUGGGUGUAGUGGUAGAGAAUUUCCACAAGUGUCGGCAGCACCAGGAGGCAGAGGAGGCACGCAGGAGGGAGGAGAAGCGGCUCCGGCGCCUGGAGCGGAGGCGCAGGAGCACUUUCCCCAACCCAGAGGCCCAGCGCCGGCCCUACUAUGCUGAUUACUCCCACACACGCCGCUCCAUCCACUCACUGUGCACCAGCCACUACCUGGACCUCUUCAUCACCUUCAUCAUCGGCCUCAAUGUCAUCACCAUGUCCAUGGAACACUACAACCAGCCCAAGUCACUGGACGAGGCCCUCAAGUACUGCAACUAUGUGUUCACCAUCGUCUUUGUCUUUGAGGCCGCGCUCAAGCUGGUGGCCUUCGGCUUCCGGCGGUUCUUCAAGGACAGGUGGAACCAGCUAGACCUGGCCAUUGUCCUGUUGUCCAUCAUGGGCAUUGCACUGGAGGAGAUCGAGAUGAAUGCUGCGCUGCCCAUCAACCCCACCAUCAUCCGCAUCAUGCGGGUGCUUCGCAUUGCCCGUGUACUGAAGCUGCUUAAGAUGGCCACGGGUAUGCGGGCCCUGCUGGACACGGUGGUUCAAGCCCUUCCCCAGGUAGGGAACCUUGGCCUUCUUUUUAUGCUCCUGUUUUUUAUCUAUGCUGCCCUGGGAGUGGAGCUGUUCGGGAGGCUGGAGUGCAGCGAGGACAACCCCUGCGAGGGCCUGAGCAGGCAUGCCACUUUCACCAACUUCGGCAUGGCCUUCCUCACACUGUUCCGCGUGUCCACAGGGGACAACUGGAACGGGAUCAUGAAGGACACGCUGCGGGAGUGCUCCAGGGAGGACAAGCACUGCCUCAGCUACCUGCCUGCACUGUCACCUGUCUACUUUGUCACCUUCGUGCUGGUGGCACAAUUUGUGCUGGUCAAUGUGGUGGUGGCUGUACUCAUGAAGCACCUGGAGGAGAACAACAAGGAGGCCCGGGAGGCUGCAGAGGCAGAUGCAGAGGCAGACGCGGAGCUGGAGCUGGCCAUGGCACAGGGACCCCCUCGCACGGCACAGGUCAGGUGGGGAGCGAUCUGGGGGUGGGUCCGAGGGCACCACAGGCACAUGUUCAGCCUCCUCCUCCCGAUACAGGAGAGCCCAGGCUCCGGGCUCGGCGCUGCAAGCCUGGUUGUACGCAAGGUGUCCGUGUCCAGAAUGCUCUCACUGCCCAACGACAGCUACAUGUUCCGGCCGGUGGUGCCCGCCACGGGCCCCCAGGUGCACCCACUGCAGGAGGUGGAGGUGGAGGCCUACACGGGCCGCCCGCCCUCAGGCCAGGUCACCUCCACUCGCUCGCUGGCCCCGGGGUCCUGUGCAUCCCUCCAGGCCCCAUCGAGCCCACCCUCCCCAGCUAGGAGCGGCGACCCCCUACGUGCCUGCUCCCCACGAGAAGCAGCCCGCUCCCCCAGCCUUGGCCGCAUGCUCUGCAGACAGGAGGCUGUGCAUCCUGAGCUCCUGGAUGGACAAGCCAGUGGCUCUGGGGACAGCGUCCCAGCUGUCCCCGACUCCGCAGAGCCUGCAGAGAAGACGCCACUGAAGCAGGUGACCUUGGGGGACCCACUGCAGUCCCCACCCCACUCUCCGCGACCUGCCAGCGUCCGCACCCGCAAGCACACCUUUGGCCAGCGCUGCAUCUCCAGCCGGCCACCCACCCCGGGAGGGGAAGAGGCCGAAGUUGCGGACCUGGCUGACGAGGAGGUCAGCCACAUCACCAGCUCUGCUCAGCCCUGGCCUGCAGCUGGGCCCCACAGCCCUGCGGCCUCCCCAGUGGCCCAUGGGGCAGCAGGCAGUGGGCAGGAUCUGCGCCGGUUCUGUAGCAUGGAUGCCCAGGGCUUCCUGAACAAGCCAGGCCGGGCAGACACACAGAGGUGGCCUUCCAUGGAGCUGGGCAUUGGGGACAGUCACCUAGACCCUGGGGAGGUGAGGGGCCGGGCUCCAGAGUUGGAGCCAGCCCUGGGGGCACGCAGGAAGAAGAAGAUGAGCCCCCCCUGCAUCUCGGUGGACCCCCCCACAGAGGACGAGGGCUCUACUCGGCCCCCGGCAGCAGAGGGUGGAAGCACUACCCUGCGACGCAGAACCCCCUCCUGUGAGGCCCACAGGGACUGCCCAGAGCCCGCUGAGGGCCUGGGCACAGGCGGGGACCCGGCAGCCAAGGGGGAGCGGCGGGCCCAAGUGUCCUGCCGGGCCGAGCAUCUCACCGUGCCCAGCUUCGCCUUUGAGCCCCUGGAUGUGGGGGGCUCUGGGGGAGACCCAUUCUUGGACAGUGGCUGCAGUGUGACCCCAGGGCCCAGAGCUUCCUCAGGGCCCCCUGCACCCUUGGAAUUCCACGAAGCAGAGCCUCCUGUGACCCCCUGUGGGCCCCUGGAGAAGGGGCGGGGGCUGUACCUCGCCGUUCCCCAGGUCCCGCCUGAGAAACGGCCUCUGCCAACUGCCCCUGCCCCAGCGGACACCCAAGCUGAGCCUGUGUAGCCGGGGCCUGACAAACACAGCUUCACCAAGGUCAGGGAACCCAUGGGCUGGUCUCAGGUGAGGCAAUGGUGAGCUCCAAGGGCAGAAGGGCCCGGGAGGACGUGGGCCUGGCGGCGGGCACAGUG